GACACGUCUUUGUCCUCGAGACAGGGUAGAGGUGACUGACCCACAAGCUAGCUAGCUUUUCUAGGAUCCUCUAGAAAGCUUAGAUCAGAGUCUGUUCAGCACUAGAUUGGCUGCCAUUCUGUGAAGUACAACCAUACACAUCUGACCUAUGUGCUCCGGUAGGACCCGAGCUGCUAACCUCUGAGCCGACUAUUGGACAAUGGACCGAGCCAGUGGACACAGGGAUCGACGGAGACUGGUGCUAGGGGAGACAUUUGAUGAUUUGUCCUCCACACAAGACCAGUGUCUACGCACACAUCACAUACUCAAGAUCGGUGACCACGUCUCUCUGUUUGCUGAGGGCCAGAUUGAGUCAACCAAUGGAUUCAUCAGCACUCUAGGACUGGUUGAUGACAGGGUGGUAGUGAACCCCUCCGAUGGUGACCUCAAUAAACCCCCGGCCAAGUUCAGAGACUGUAUCUUCAAGAUCCUCCCGAUGCAGCGCUACUCUGCUCAGGAACAGUAUCGCAAGGCCACCUCCUCCACCAGCACCAAGAGCAUGCCAGAGAUUGUCAUUCAACAGAAACUAAAGUUGGCGGCAGAUCAAGAGAAGAACACGAGUAAGACAGAGACUGAGAAACUCUGGGGCACUCCAGUGCAGUAUGGGACUACCAUGAUACAGCUUCUCCACGUGAAGAGUAACAAGUUUCUGACGGUGAUGAAGCGACUGCCUGCUCUGGUGGAGCGCAAGUCAAUGAGAUGCUCACUGGAUGCUCAGGGAUCAGAGGCUGCCUGGUUCUAUAUCUCCCCCGUCUACAAGUUGAGGGCCUCAGGGGAGAACGUGUAUAUAGGAGACAAGGUGGUGCUGCAACCAGUCAAUGCGGGGCAGCCCCUCCACGUUAGUGACCUCAUGUUAUUGGACCAUCCAGAGUGCAAGGAGGUCAACGCUGACCCGGCUGGUACCUCCUGGAAGAUCUGUCUAUUCAUGGAGUGUCGGGAGGACAAGAACGACAUCCUCAAGGGGGGUGACGUGGUUCGGUUGUUCCAUGCUGAGCAGGAGAAGUUCCUCACUGGGGACAAGUACAAGGACUCCAUGCACGUCUUCCUACGCUACACUGCACGAGCUCGUAAGACCGACGCCACCUCCUCCAAGGCUAUGUGGGAGGUAGAGGUGGUGAACCAUGACGCCUGUCGAGGAGGAGCUGGGCACUGGAACAACCUGUACCGAUUCAAGCACUUGGCAACCGGCCGUUACCUCGCUGCUGAGACCGAUACCGAUACGUCCUUUGACCCCAUGCGCCAGAAACUGAGAGGAGCCUCUGACCAAGUAUUCCAUCUCGUGUUAGACACUGAAGCCAUGGAACAGUUUUACACCAUAUUUGAACUUGUCUCCACAACUGUAUCUCGUACUGACCAGAUGGUUCCCAGGAACUCUUACGUAAGAUUACGUCACAUGUUUACACAGACGUGGGUACACGCGACCUCCAUUUUCAUCGACAAAGAAGAGAAACCGGUCAUGACUAAAGUUGGUCUAGCACAGAGGAGAGAGGAUAAAGAGGCGUUUGCUAUAGUGCCAGUGCCAGCUCAAGAGGUGAGGGAUCUGGACUUUGCCAAUGAUGCGGCCAAAGCUAUUCAGAAAAUCUCUAAAAAGAUGGAGCAAGGACAGAACAUGACCCCCAAUGAGAGAAAGUACAUCACAACCCUGUUGGAAGAUGUGGUGUUCUUUGUGAUAGGCAAGGAGAACCAGGGAGCCCAGAGACCAGAAGCCCUCACCGAGGCUGGCACACCGGACAGGGACAGACAGAAGCUCCUCAGGGAACAGUACGUCCUCAAAGAGAUAUUUGGUCUCCUUCGUAUCCCGAUGAAUCGUCCGAGUGGGGGGAUGCCCCUGUUCCAGAUGAGCGACCUCAUGGACAAGAGAUAUGAGUCCCUCCGCUAUAUCUUCCAACUCUGUUACAGAGUCAUCCAACAUUCACAGAAAGGUUAUCGAAAGAAUCAGGAGGAGAUAGCCAACAAGUUUCUGCGGACAAUGCAGAGUCAGAUUGGGUAUGGUGUGUUGGCUGAGGACACGAUAGCUGCUCUGGUCAACAACAACAGCAAACUGCUUGAGAAGUAUAUACAUGAGAACGAGAUACAGAUUUUUAUACAGCUGCUGAGAAACAGUCGACAAAACAAAUUUCUGACGUACAUUGGUGACCUGUGUGUGUGUCAGGGAGUGCCCAUUCAGAAGGUGCAGAACAUGGUGUGUGACACUGUGCUCAAGGAGGAGAACUCGGACGUCCUCAUGAGAGUCAGUGUUGAGGGAGACGAGGUAAUGCUUCAUUGGACGGUGGAUGGACAAAGCCGCUCCAAAAGUCAGGGGGCGUUGGCCAAUGGGGCGAGGCGGCGAAUACCGGACGACAUGAAGAACCUCGACUAUUUCCAGUCCCAACUUGAGCUGUUUGCCAAGAUGUGUCAUGGCCGACAAUACCUCGCCAUUAAGAGGGUCAAGGAACAGCUGCCAAUAGAUGUAGUACUGAGAUGCAUGGAGGACGUCUCUCUCCCAUUCAGCCUCAGGGCUGCCUUCUGUCGUAUCAUGCAGUGUGUGCACCUGGACAUCAGCCCUCAGGAGACAAUGAGUGCCGUCAAGUAUGCACGACUCUGGGACGCCAUUCCUAAGAACACUGUCUUCAACGACUACUCUCCUUGGAAAACCCGUGGUAAUGGUGGCGCCAGCUGUGAGAUCAGCACUGAGAGUGACUCUAAACCCUCACAAAAUGAACUCGAUAUCAACGAAACAAGUGAGCCGGCAUCCAUUGGCCCGAGUCUAAAGGUCCCAGUGGAGGCUAAGCGGAUGUGGUUCAGUCAACAGAAGAGAGCGGAGACUGAGGCCGUCACACUGCAGAAGACCACCUCAUUUGUUGAGAGCUAUCUUGGCAGCAUUGUGUGGAGUUUCUCAGAUAAGGAGCAGAACUUACUCACUAGAGAGGUUGUCUGUCUUGCCAGAAUGAUGGUGUACUUUGGGUUCUACAAUUUCUCCAAGCUGCUCAACCUGACACGGGUGCUACUAGACGGACUCGAUCGCAAAUCAGCGUCUCGUAAAUCAACUGCCGGGGGUCUCUUUGGUGUGGGCAAUCUCGGUGAGGAGGGUAACAAGAGUGAUAGAGUUGAGAGUGGGACAUCGUCAGCACUGGGUCAGUUUGUCAUGGCAACAGCUACACCCUUCCUAGGUAACGCUAUGGCCGACGAUCCGGACGACAGUUGGGACACUGGAUUCAAGGACGACGUAGAGCAAGUUGUCAUGGAUACCAAGAACAAGAUCUUGGAAAUUAUCCUGUUCAUUAUGGAUGUACGACUAGACCUACGCAUCACCAACCUCCUGGUGCUCUACAAGAAGCAGUACCUCGAGCUCGAACAAGAGUUCUCCAGUCCACCUUCUGCCUCCGAGAUCAGCCUCGAUGAAAUUCUUGACGAGUUUGAAGGAAUAUUUUACGGCCGUGAUGGGAUAGAUAUGGAUCUAGAUGGGGUCAAAGGUCGACAGUUACUGCGUAUCCUCAUCCAGAUGGUGAUGGCCAGCCACGCCUCCCUCGCCUCUAAUGCUCUCAAUCUACUCAUACGACACUUUUCUCAACGCAAGGAGAUGGUGCAAGGGUUCAGACAGGUCCAACUGCUCGUGUCUGCUGAGGACAUUGACAACUACAAGACAAUACGUAAGAACUUGGACAAAUUGAAGGCUCUCGUUGAGGAAGCGGAGCUUUGGGUACAGAAGACACCGAUGUUGUCAGAGCAACGGCAACCUAAGUUGUCUCGUAAAUCAAGUGUGGCCGGUCCCAUUGCAGAGGAGGUGGCGGCCAUUGCAGCUGUCACCAAGUAUAUCUCUAACCCCAACGCGACCAGACGACCUAAGAUGAAGCCACAUUCAAAGCCUCAACGGUUGCCUAGCGAUGCUGUAGGUGAUGAACCUUCAUUCAAGGAUGCCUUGGUCAAGUACUCCAAAGUUAGCGAGAUACUCCACGAGCUAAUAGACCUGUGUAAGGGCGACAAUGUUGCUCACAAACAAAGGUUGCUAAGGAACAUGAAGGCCCAGGAGGUGGUCCUGGAACUACUACAAGUUCCCUACAAGUCAGAGGACUAUCGUAUGAGGGACAUAAUGAGAACAGCUCACGUGUUCUUGCAGCAUUUCUGCAAGCACAACACUCCAAACCAAGGACUCCUCUACAGACACCUCGAGCUCUUCCUGCAGAGUGGCGAUAAUGUGGUUGAAGCCGAGACCCUCACUGAGAUAUUCCGUGAUAACGCUCACCUGUGUAGCAAGGUGACAGAGUCGGAGGUACAACACUUCGUCCAUUGUAUAGAGAAGAGCCGCAACGUCAAGUACCUCAAGUUCUUUCAGACCAUCGUGCAGGGAGGGAAAGGGAGCAGGCGGGCACAGGAGAUGGUCACUGAGGAGUUGGCAAGUGCCGGAGAGGAUGUGUUACUGUUCUACAACGACCAGGCCUUCCCCACUCUCCUCCAACUCAUGAAGGACGACCCUGGUGACCAGGUGGGGGAUCUUGCUUAUCAUCUCAACCUCGUUAAACUGCUCACGUACUGUACCGAGGGUAAGAAUGUUUCCACGGAGAUUAAGUGCCACUCCCUCCUACCACUGGACGAGAUUGUACGCGUGUGCACUCAUCCUGACUGUAUACCAGAUGUUAAGAACACCUAUGUUCAGUUCCUAUACCAUUGCUACGUUGACACACAAGUGGACAACAAGGAGACAUUCACUAAGGAGCACGUUUGGGACCUGUUCAAGAACUUUAUGAUAGACAUGGAGAACAUAUGCUCUCCACGGAGACUGGCCCUGGGCAGUGCGGAGGACACUAUCCUGAGGGAAUAUGUAUGUGAAACCAUGCCAAUGGUUGUGUCUGACUUUUUCAGGGCCGGUAGUCUGGCACUCAGUCAGAUGAAGGUGCCGGCUCACCAGCAGACGUUCAAGGAUCUGCUUCAGUCUCUUGUGAAGCUGCUUCAAUGUAGCUAUGUCCAGGACAAUGACAAUGAUGAAAUCAGAACAGAAAUUGACAAGUGUAUCAAGCUCAUGCACAAAAUUUCCAAAGAUGAGGCCAUUCCUUUACCAGCACAGCUAGAUGAUCAGCUCGUUAACUCAAUGUCAACUAGAGGGGCUCGUAUCCGAGGUCUCCAGUGGAGGAACAAAAUAGUUGAAAAGAAGAAGAUCAGUAUGGCCAACAUCCCAGCUGCUCAAGAUAACGCUAACAAGGCAAAAACUAUCAUUGAUGGAGCCACAAAUGUGAUGAUGCACAUCAACGACAAAUGGAAAGAACUGACGAUUGCUGAGCAGUCUGUCCUGGUCAACAUCUUCCAUUCCCCUGAGGCCGUUUUCAUUCCUGGUACCAAGACCUACAAAACAUGUCGCCCUCGAUUCAUCUCGAGCAUCAUACUACACAUGGAGAGCGAUGUGUUCAUAAUGGACGAGGACCUGUGUGUGUGCGUGCUCAUGAACAUACGAGGCAUGCUGGAGAAACCACCAGAACUUAUGGAGGCCGGAACUGCCUUGAGGGAGAAGUUGUUGCAGGUGUACUUUUCCACUUAUGUUCAGCAGCAGUACCUCAAUCCCAUGCCUGAGGGCAGGGGAGGCCUGGCUGCCAAGAUGCGUAAAUUGAGCAUCGCUAGUCGAGUGUCCCGACUGUCGGACCCACAGCAGCUGGCCGUGUGUCUGGGGCCUAUUAUUCUCAAACUGGAAGAGGUUCAGUCACGACUCAAUAGGCACGGGCUGACCCAGCUGAUCAUUAAGCUGAUGACAGAUAGUGCCCACAACAACGUGAUCCUGGAGACGGUACAGCUGGCUGUUUCCCUACUCAAGGGAGGCUACGUUGAGGUCCAGGAGACGUUUCAACAGCAUUUGUCUUACCCUCACUCUGAGAAGUUCUUUCAAGCCAUCCAUAACCGUUUCCAAGAGGCCCAGAACGAGGUCAAGCUCAACCCCAUGGGCUUCAUCGUCACUCAAAAUGAGGAGAGUACGACACUAGUAAUGACGGGGGCGGGGCAGAAGUCCAGUUUCAACAGAUCCUCCCCUCUCAUAUCUCACCUCUCCAUGGACGUACAGGAGCAAAUUUCUCUAGCAGCGGCUGCUACUCAGAACACUGGCCGGAGUGGGCGUAGUCGCAAGCGGGCAAUGUCGUCAGAAUUCAUGGACCCCUCUCCCAUUAGUAUCGUUGCCGGGGAAACAGUGAUGGAACAGUCGGAGCUGGUUGUCAUGACACCACUCAUACACUUCCUGCAACUGCUCUGUGAGAAUCACAACCACUUCUUACAGAACUACCUCCGCAAGCAGGACUACAGCAAGACCAGCUACAACCUGAUCCUGGAGACCCUCCGCUUCCUCGACUGUCUGUGUGGGGCCACCACCGGAGGACUUGUGUUACUCAGUCUCUACAUCCACUCUAAUAAUGUGUGUCUCAUCAACCAGUGCCUGGCCGCACUCACCGAGUACUGUCAGGGACCAUGUCACGAUAACCAGAAAUGCAUUGCGAGUACAGAGUCGAGUGGUAUUGACAUCGUUGUUCAGAUACUGCAAGCGGAGCUAACUGCUCUGGAGGACCACCAAGACCUAGCUCUGGAGCUAAAGAACAAUGCUAUCAAAACACUCCUCGCUGUCAUGGAGAGUCACCAAGACACUGACAUCAUCGACCGAAUCAUGGUCAAGAUUGCCAACCCUCCUGAAGUACUGAUCGAUGUUUGCUCAGCUAUCUACAAACAGUCUUCCAGUGGCCGGACCUACAAUGAGGAGAACUCUCCACUGGUGGUGGGUCACAACGUGUACAUCCUGGCCUAUCAGCUGGCACAGUACAAGAAGGAGCUGAAGGCAGCACUAGACAAGGCCACCAGCAAGGGGGAAGCUAUUGGAUACUAUGCCAGGAACACUGCUCAGAUUGAGGUGGUACGUAAGGACCGUACACUGGAGCAGAUCAUCUUCCCCAUCCCCAGUGUCUGCCAUUACCUCACGGAUGAGUCCAAGGCUCGGGUCAUGAUCGACACGGAGUGCAACGAACAGGGGAGCAAGGUCGACGACUUUUUUAAAAGGACCAACGAGCUCCACGAAGAAAUGGAGUGUCAAAAAGACCUGAGAGAUCGAAUGGUCCAGUAUAAGAUAGCUCGUCACAUGGGUCUGUGGUCCAGUAUCUCGUUCUACCUUGCCUUCUGUCUCAACAUGAUGGUGGUCUUUCUCUACCCCUUCGACAAGGGCUCCAAUUACAUCAACUCUAUGGAUUUGAAGACGUCCAUGUUGCUAUGGAUGGUGUUAAUUGCUUCUAUACUACUAUUAAUCUAUGGAGACAGGAAACACAUCAAGCGCUACUCUGUGUCUUUAGCGGCACUGGCUGUUAUCAGGAGUCUGGUUACCUUGGGGAUGCAGCCGACACUAUUCCUGCUCGGAUUCUUACAGCUUGUCAACAAAGGCGUGUUCAUAGUGAGUCUAUUAUCAAAUCGUGGCAUCCUUCGUAAGCUGUGGACUGUUCGACCACGACGGGCCACAAAACAUUAUUUUCAGUUUAUUCGUGAGCUGAGCUCUGACCUCUUCUUCAGUCCCCACCUCCCUUAUUAUUGGAUGCAGUUCACAUUCUGUUUCCUGGGGUUCAGUAUACACGAGUUCUUCUACUGGGUACUGCUGAUUGACAUAGUCUAUCGCUACGACACGCUGAUGAACGUGAUCAACAGUGUUCUCAGGAACUACCAGUCCAUUCUCCUCACUACCAUACUCGCCAUUAUCAUCAUCUAUCUCUACGCCAUCAUCGGGUACUUGUUCUUCGCAGAUGAUUUUAGACUGGUCACCAACCCCCUCCCAAUGAUUGCCGGGGAGUGUCAAGCUGAUGGUGUAGGUUGCAGCGAUUCCCCUGCAGAGUGGCCGGUAGUGAUGGAGAAGAGCUGUGAUACUCUAUUCAACUGUUUCAUGACCACCAUUAAAGAGGGCCUGAGGGCAGGGGGAGGGAUCAGUGAUGUCCUCAGGAAACCAUCUAGUCAGGACCGUCUGUAUCACCUGCGGACAGCCUUUGACCUCACCUUCUUUUUCAUCGUCAUAGUGAUUAUCAUCCAGAACCUCAUCUUUGGCGUCAUCAUCGACACCUUUGCUGCCCUCAGGGCUGAGAAGGACCACAAGGAAGAGGUGCUCAAGAACACAUGCUUCAUCUGUGGUCUCCCGCGAGGUGCCUUUGAGAACAAGGACGUGACGUUCCACAAACACAUCAUUCAGGAGCACAACGUUUGGCACUACCUCUACUUUAUAGUGCACCUCAAGACUAAAGACACCACUGAGUUCACUGGACCGGAGAGCUACGUAUUCAAGAUGAUACAGCCUUCAUUCAACAUCAUCAAUGCUGAAUAUGCUAUUGAGAGUGAUGCUAGGCCAGGCUCCUCUUCACAAGGAAAAGCUCCUGACUUGGAAUGGUUUCCACGAUUGCGAUGUAUGUCACUACUAAAUCCUGAAGAGGUUGAACAGGAGCAGUACGAAAUGAGAGACCUUCAACUGCAGUUACUCGAGACCAACAUGCUCGUCAAGAGCCUGUCAGUCCAGCUCAACGACCUUAAAGAGCGGAUGAUAGCUCAGCGAAAGAUGCAACAGCACAGAACGCUGCAAGACCGGUUACCAGGCAACGCUCCACAACACGUUCGAAUGUCAUCUUAUCCAAUGGGACCCUAGUGAAAUAAACUCAUUCUUCUUAUUUGUCCAAUUUGAUAUCGUAUAAUUGAAAUUAUUGUGAUGAAGUUGGUAGAUUAACAACUGAUUUGUUUCAUUACACAAUCAUGAUCAUGAUUUUAUCCACUAGGAAUUCAUAAUUAUAUGCAUUAGUGUAUUUUUACUAUGUCUUGUACAAUCUAUAAUUAUUGUAACGA